AUGAGCUAUUCAAACUCACCAAUGUCCUUUUUGGACGAAGAUAAAUAUAAUUCUGAACGAAUUUUGGCAAUGAAAUAUAUCAAAGAUAGAAUAGAACGUGCAUCAACUGUUCAAAAUAUUUUAGCACCAAUAACAUCACAAGAUGAAUACAUUUUCGAAAAAGUUAACGAUAAUGCAUCAGAUGUGAGUGAACUCUCUGAUCCUUUUGCUGAAAUUGGAACGAAUAUAAUUUAUAACGCUGAACAUAAGCAAAAACGUCGCUUAAGUAAAGUAGAAGCAGACGUUUUGAUCAUGAAUUCAUUUCCACCAACUCAUAUGGAAGUACAGAAUGAGCUUGUAGGUGAGAUGAAACUUAAACCACCGAAUUUGGAUGUUGAGAAGAUCAUGGAAAAUCUAAUAAAUAAAACUGAGGCAAUCGAUGAUGAUUCAGAAGGAUUUAAAGAAUUAACUGAAAAAUUAAAAAAUGCUGGAUUGGAAGGACACAAAGAAAGAAAGAAGAAAUUGCUUGAAAAAGAAAAACUUAAACAGAAGCCAAAAAUAAAGAAAACAAAGGAAGAACAAGAUUUAGAAGCUAGUUCCAUGUUGUCUGGUGUUUGGAGAAUGUUAGAUGCAGCUUCAAUGGAGGAAGACGGAUUCCCAAUCACUCAAGCAGGUUACAACUUUUAUGAGGAUAAGAAGACACGUGUGCUGCCAUCAGACUUAACUUGGAAUCAAAAAGAAGAAAUAAGAAGGAAAUGUGAAAAUUGGCUUAAAGAAGUGAAAUAA